AUGACUGGAAGUAAUUCAGGAUCAGAUGAUAGUAGUGAAUCACGCAAAAGGCAUUCAGACGAUCAAUGCGAAACUGGUUGUAGUUCAAAACGGCCUAAUUGUGGAGCAUCUACUGUUCAUCUCAAGGUACUGAUACCCUCAAUCGCUGCUGGAGCUGUCAUAGGUAAAGAUGGUGAAGCCAUUGAACGGAUUCAAAAAGAAAGCGGAGCUAAAGUUAAAAUGUCCAAACGGAAUGAUUUUUAUCCAGGUGCGUUUUGCGCUCGUUCAUGCUUUAUCAUAUUCUGA